AUGUCCAACAACAACACUGCCGACACUGGAUCUAAUGGUCCUGCGAUUAAUAAACUAGACAGCAGUCUUGAAGCAGACAUCGCUCAUUUGAAUACUCUUUUGUCAAACGGCUCAUUGGACGGUAGUCACGGAACAGAAGACCUGAUGGAAAUGCUGGCACGUCUGGAUAGUGCUGAUGGUGUGGCCGAGGGUAUUGAAGGGAGAUUGGACGGGGUAUUGGGAACCCUAGAUAAUCUUUUGACAUCCCUCGAGACCCGUGAUGAGGCGAGCAUCGCGGAGAAAGCAGUAUCAAUAGAGGCAGAACAAGUCAUCGUCUCAUCAACAGAGAGCAAGACUACCGACGGGCCUACUCCCUCGCAUUAG